UGGAGUCCAUAAGAUUGAUAAAACCGAGUCUGAAACCGAUUCAAACUAAGCCAAAAUUAGCCAUGGAAGCAGCUGAAGAAGAGCCAUUAAGUCCGUCAGCAAGGUUAUUUCACGAGCCCAACUUCAACGUCCACGUUUUAUCCAUAAUGGGCAGCAAAUCAAGAAUCAAUCCUCAAGUUAUCAAAGAGCAGUUGGUCCAUACUUUCGUUAAGCAUCCUCGUUUCUCCAGCCUCCAGGUGGUGGAUGAGAAAAAUAAUGGAGAAAUGAAAUGGGUGCGCACAAAGGUGGACGUAGAAAAGCACGUUGUAGUGCCACAAGUGGAUGAACAAAACCUGCAGGAAUCACCAGACAAAUUCGUGGAUAACUAUAUUCACAACCUUAGCAAAACCACACUUGACAAGUCAAAACCUCUCUGGGAUCUCCAUCUUCUCAACGUCAAAACAUCAGAUGCUGAGGCUGUUGCCGUUUUACGAAUCCACCAUUCACUUGGAGAUGGCACCUCUUUUAUGUCCCUUCUACUCGCCUGUACUCGCCAAACUGCUCAUCCAGAUAAACUUCCAACUAUUCCAGGAAAUAAAAAGAGGCCUAUUAAUUCUUCGGACCAGUAUUCGAGGUCAAAGGGAUUGUGGCCAUAUGUUGCAAAAGUUUGGUCAUUUAUGAGAUUGUUUUGGAACACAAUAGUAGAUGUGUUGAUGUUUAUGGCCACGACUGUUUUUUUGAAGGACACAAAUACGCCAAUUAAGGGCAGGCCUGGUUCUGAGUUUAAUCCUAGGCGACUUGCUCAUAGGACAAUCAGUCUUGAUGAUUUGAAGUUGGUGAAAAAUACAUUAAAUAUGACAAUAAACGAUGUCGCCGUGGGAGUAACACAGGCUGGUUUAUCUAUCUAUCUUAACAGGAGAUAUGGUGAGGGUAAGAAAGACAAGGGAGCAACAGAGAAAAACAAUAAUCUCCCUAAGAACAUAAGACUCAGAUCAACACUUCUUAUUAACUUAAGAUCAAGGACUGGAAUUCAGGCUCUAGCUGAUAUGAUGGCCAAGGACACUGAGGCAAAGUGGGGCAAUUGCGUUGGUUAUGUCCUUUUACCCUUUAAAAUUGCAUUAAGAGAUGACCCUUUAGAUUAUAUUAGAGAAGUUAAGGCAACCAUUGAUCGUAAGAAGAAAAACUCUCUUGAAGCUAUCUGCACAUUUUCCAUCUCCAAAUUAGCACUCAAGCUUUUUGGGAUUAAGGCUUCAAGUACAAUAUCGCACAGAAUUCUUACCAAUACAACACUGUGUUUCUCCAAUUUGGUUGGUCCUCAAGAGGAAAUUGGCUUCUAUGGGCACCCUAUGGCUUACCUUGCACCCAGUUCUUAUGGGCAACCUCAUGCGCUGAUGAUUAAUUUCCAGAGCUAUAUUAACAAGAUGACAAUAGUUCUAUCAGCAGACGAAAGUGUGAUUCCUGAUCCACAUCAACUGCUGGACGAUUUUGAACAAUCUCUAAAGCUUAUCAAGGAUGCUGUGGUAGAAAGAGGCCUUUGCCUUGGAUAAAAAAAAAUGCUGGACAAGCUCUUCUAGUUAUGGCUCAAAUGUUAUAGUAUUUCUUUUUUCUUUUAUUUAGGAAGUGGCAAUAACAUUGGUGCACAAGUAUA